AAGUAAAGUUUCCAAAACCAUUUAGACGAGAGAGUAGUAUGAAUUCCGAAACAUUUUGAUUUGAAGAAGAGGGGAAUUAAAAGCUAGCAUUUAUGAGUCAUCACAUGCAACCAUUAAUAUCCCUACCGGCAAAAGAAUUUCCCACCCCCAAUCCCUACUCACCAUUAAAUUAAAAUCACCACCCUAAACUGCUUCUCUGAAACCAAAACACAAAAGAUUUUUUUUUCCUUCGAAAAAUGAAGCCCUGGAGAACUUUAGGAGUCGUAGAAACCAUUUAUGAAGAAGAAGCUUUUGAUGAUAACCAUGACGAGGAUGAUAACUCUCCUUCACUUGUCUCUUCUCCUCCUUCACCACUCCAUUCAAGAGUAGAAGCCUGGUCAUCGGCAAUGGGGUGUAAAACUGACGUAUUGAUACAUGUACAGGGAACUGCUUUUCAUCUUCAUAAGGAUCCUCUGUCGUACAGGAGCACUUAUUUAAGGCGGAAAUUAAACCAUCAAUCUGAAUUCACGUUAUCCCCGCCGUUAAACAUAACUGUCGAAACCUUCUCUCUCGUUGUCGAUUUUUGUUACGGGACACAUCUCCUCGUAACGCCGUUCAACGUCGCGUCCCUCCUGGUAGCAGCGGAGCUCCUCGGGAUGACGGAGACCAAAGGUGACGGCGACAAUAACUUGAAGCAGAUGACCGAGAAUUACUUCCAUCGAUUCAUCGCCGUCAACGGAGAGUACGCGGCGAUUGUUUUCAGGUCUUGCCUGACGCUGCUCCCGGAGGCGGAAACAACGUCGUUCCUCGUUAGUAGAUGCGUAGAGGCUAUGGAUUUAGCGGAGGAUGGGAACGGCUUCGACGGUUACUUUGACGAUGUUAUUUCUUUGCGCGCCGAGGAUUUCAGAAUCGUUACCGAGUCUAUGCACCAUCGAUUUGAGUACCACGAUUUACUUUAUAGAAUCGUCGAUUUUUAUCUCGAGGAGCAUAACGAGAAGAUGACUGAGGAAAAGAAGACGGAGAUAUGUAACUCCAUCGACUGCAACAAGCUAUCGCCUCAACUCCUCUUACAUGCAGUGCAAAACCCUCGAAUGCCGUUGCGUUUCGUAGUCCGAGCCAUGUUGGUGGAACAACUCAAUACCCGCCGCACCAUUUUCUCGGCCGCCAAUCACCAUUUAUCGCGUAGCCAUCGCCCUAGAACCAGCAGUAACAACGACGACGUUGACGACAACAUCACCCUCGGUGAAAUCCUCGAACGCGAUGCCACCAAGCGGGAAACGGCUCAACUCAAGGCAGCAAUGGAUGCCACGAGUUCCAGGAUCCAAACCCUGGAAAAACAGUUGCUUUGCAUGAAAAAGAUAUUGCAAGAGUCUGAUGAGAAUGUUAUUGAAGGAACCGGUGGUGGGUCUAGAGAUGUGUUGGAGUCGGGCCGGUCAGCUAGUUUCCAUUACGGUUCAGGGAAUAAAAUUGAAAGAGCAUAUCUUGGAGCUCCUUCCUCAGCUAGUUUCCGGUUCAGUGGUGGUCCAAAAGAAAGAGCCCUGGGAUCUUCCACACCAGAGACUUCAGCCAUUGCCAGUCCCAGAAUCAAGAGAAAUAUUGGGCAGAGGUUGAUCAAAGGGCUAAAAAGCGCAUUGCGGGUAUCAAAUUCUGCAACAGAAAAUGGAACUAAUCACAAGAAGAGUUCAACAAUAUCAGAAAAUGGAAUAGUGCAUUCCAGUUGAGGAUGAUCUAUCCGUUGAAUAGAAGAGAACUAACCAGGUGAAAUAUUGACUUCCAUUUUUAUAGUCUUAAAAGCAGCAGUAUUUCUCACCCAACCCAGCUAUCAACCAUAUUGAUAUUGAGUCGUGAAAUAGUCCAUUUUUUUUAGAGAAUAGA